AUGUUUUCUCCAACCAGGCAAAAGAGCAAACAAUCCAUCUCCUACACAACUCAUCUGAAGAACCAUACCGUCAAACCCCUACUCACUCAAACACGCAACAAGCAGUCCCUGGACUCUAUAAACAUGCUCAUCGAUACUUGUUACGAGAUUGGGGCCUUCGUCCUCUACAUCCUCGCCUGGGCGAGCGUUGCAGUCAUCGCAGUCCUUUCUUUCCUCGGCUUUGCAGCCGGCGUCUUCACCUUCAUGCUACAUCAAUCGAGUUUUAUCGACGGCGAGGAUCGGGAGGCGAGGUGGCAGAGUCAGAGGGCCCCCGAGGCGUCGACGAAGGACUCCAGCGGCGUAUCUACGGGAUCUGACACGACCACGUAUGAGACGUUUUCUGACGAACCAAAGCCCGACACGGACUAG